AUACAAUGAAGACCCAUUACAAGGAUGGGAAAAACAUAAAACAAAGGUAAAAAUUGAGCUAAUAGACGAAAAUAGCAUAAUAACACAGAAACCGUUAAAAUAUAAUUUCGAUGAUUUACAAGAAUUUAAAAUACAUAUAAAUGAAUUACUGGAAAAGAAUUAUAUACAGGAAAGUAACAGUAAGCACACAAGCCCAGCAUUUAUAGUUAUAAAACACAGUGAACAAAAAAGAGGUAAAAGUAGAAUGGUUAUAGAUUACAGAAAUCUAAACGCCAAAACUAAAACAUACAACUACCCAAUACCAAAUAAAAUACUUAAAAUAAGACAGAUACAAGGAUAUAACUAUUUUAGUAAAUUUGACUGUAAAUCAGGAUUUUACCAUCUAAAACUAGAAGAAGAAUCUAAACAAUUAACAGCAUUUACAGUACCACAAGGAUUUUAUGAAUGGAAUGUAUUACCAUUUGGAUAUAAAAAUGCACCAGGUAGAUAUCAACAUUUUAUGGAUAACUGUUUUAACCAACUAGAAAAUUGUGUUAUAUAUAUAGAUGAUAUAUUAUUAUAUUCUAAAACACAAGAUGAACAUAUAAGAUUAUUAGAAAAAUUUAUACAUAUAAUCAAACACUCAGGUAUAAGCUUAAGUAAAAGUAAAGCAGAAAUUAUGAAACCACAGAUAGAAUUUCUAGGAAUACAAAUAGAUAAAAAUGGAAUAAAAAUGCAAACUCACAUAGUACAAAAAAUAAUUACUAUAGAUGAAAAUAUAGAUACAAAAAAGAAAUUACAAUCAUUCUUAGGAUUAGUAAAUCAAGUAAGGGAAUAUAUACCAAAAUUAGCAGAACAUUUAAAACCAUUAUACAAAAAACUCAAAAAAGAUAUUGAAUAUCAUUUUGACAACAAAGAUAAAGAACACAUAAAAAAUAUUAAAAAAUUAUGCAAAAAAUUGCCAAAAUUAUAUUUUCCUGAUGAAAGUAGAACAUUCACAUAUAUAAUUGAAACAGAUUCAAGCGAUCACAGUUAUGGAGGAGUACUAAAAUAUAAAUAUGACAAAGAAAAGGUAGAACACCAUUGCAGGUAUUGCUCAGGAUCAUAUACUGAGGCACAAACAAAAUGGGAAAUAAACAGAAAGGAAUUAUUUGCAUUAUAUAAAUGUUUAUUAGCAUUUGAACCAUAUAUAGUUUACAAUAAAUUUAUUGUAAGAACAGAUAACACACAGGUAAAAUGGUGGAUAACAAAAAAGUUAGAUGAUUCAGUUACAACAAAAGAAAUAAGGAGAUUAGUAUUGAAUAUAUUAAAUUUUACAUUUACAAUUGAAAUUAUAAAAACUAAUGAAAAUCUCGUUGCAGAUUACCUAUCAAGAAAAAGGAACACAAACUGAACCAGAUACAACAGAAAAAAUACUCAAAGCUAUUAAUACACUUUCUACGAAGGUGGACAGUAUGGGAAAAGAGUUACAAAAUCUAAAAGCUAAUAGUCAGCAGCAUGACUAUAAAUAUGCGGAGCUACGCCAACAUGUAGAGUUACGUCGAUCGGAAGACGCUAAAAUUCCAGAGCUACAAGGAGACGAUGGGAAACUCCGAAAAACCCAUAACAAUGUUUGUUUAGAUACAGCUGCAGGUACAAGCAAAAGAAUUAAUACAAAUUUAAACCAGCUAUUUGCAAAACCAUUUACCCAAAAACCACAAAUGCAGAUACCAGCAGAACCACAAACAUCUACCUAUGCAAUAAGCCUACAAAAUGACAAAAAAAGAUACAACUAUAUUACCCAAUCUUACAUUGAAAACAUACACAAAAUUCAGACAUAUCUAAACCUAAACCCAAGAUCCACACAAACAAAAACUCCCGAAGAAGACUAUAUAACCCAGAAACUACAAGGAUAUAACAAACUUAUUGCACAACCUAAGACCAACCCCAACCUAGUAAAAACAUGUUAUAACUACGGACUAUUAAAUACAGUAUACACAUAUACCGGAGAAGAAAUAGCCGGAAUACCAGAACUACAUAGAGCAUUUUUAACAUAUAAAAGAAUUACCAAAGGAAAUUUAUUCUAUAUAAAAUGUUAUACAGCACCAGCAGAGAUACUAUACGAAGAAAUAAAAUCACCAAUACAGGUGGUAAAGAUAGGAUUAACCAGAGAUAUGAUUAUUCCAGAAGAGAUAGAAAAACAAAAUGAGAUACCAAAAGUAGAAAUACCUAACUUUUAUGCAAAUAAAAGAAUAAUUGGUAUAGCUACAAUUAUACAAGAGUUAGCAAACAAUUAUUUAAAUGGCAAUGCCAUUUGGAGCUAUUAUGCAAGAGAUCAGGUGAUGAUUUAUGCAAACUCCAAAGAAUUAAGAAAAUCAGAUAUGGAUGAAGUUCAGAGAUGGAUUUUGUCAUUGCUAAAACCAGAAGAACAACCAUCUACAAGAGCUUUGAAGAAAGGAUUUAUUUCAGAAGAAUUAUUAGUAAGAUAUUGCAAACUUAUCAGCAACAAAUACCCAGAUCAUAAAUGCUCCAAGUGCAACGGAGAAGAUAAUGUGAUACCUACAGUUGAUUUAGGAUACCUACAGUUGAUUUAGGAUAAAGAACGAAGCUAUAAAAAAAAAAGUUAUUAUUAUUGUUGUUAUUAUUAUUGUUGCGUCGGCUGAAUAUCAGCCAUAUGUAUAAAGUAAGAAUCUUUUAAUUUUGUCGUAUAGCGUCGGCUGAAAAGCCAAUAAUGUAAAAAGUCAUAAAGUAAACAGUGUUAGUGUCGGCCAAUAAUAAAGAUAGGCCACUAAGUUUUGUUUUUUGCGUCGGUCGAAUGUAAAAAGACCAAGUGUAAAGUAGAUGUCGGCCAUUUUGGCCAAAAGUGUGAAAUUUUUGUAUAUAAAUAGAGGGCUUCCCCUCAUAAAUAAAAUCAUCAGUCUUCCACUA